UUGACAUAGUUAGUGUUUUCCAAGAGAUUACAAAAAUGGCUUGCAAAGAGCUACCAGAAGAGUUGGUAGUAAUGAUCCUUGUUAGGCUCCCUGUAAAGUCUGUGGUACGAUUUAGAUGCAUAAGCAAAGGCUAUAAUGCUCUCACUAGAGGAGCUAGUUUCGUCACUGAACAUCUUUCUCACUCCAUUGCCAAGGCAAAAAGCAAAUCCAACUUCCUUGUUUUUCACCAAAUAAACAAGUUUUUUAUUUCACAGGUCUCUGAAGAUGAACAAUCAUCACAACCCACCCUUGUUGAUUUGAAGCCACCAUUCAUCUACCUUGAAAAUGAAAACAACAUCAUAGUGCAUGCUCAUUCCAACGGAAUCAUUUACCUUGAACUGAUGGGUGUUCCACGCAACCCGAAUCCAAAGAUUCUUUGGAAUCCAGCCACCAGAGAGGUAAAGUUUCUUCCUUUGCCUCCUCCAACCAAACACGUGCACUGUAACUACUUCCAUAUGGCGCACGGUUUUGGUGUUGAUCCCAGGACAAACGACUACAAGGUCGUGAACAUUGUAGUGGGUGCAGAGUUUCUCUUGAAGGAAGAUGAAAGGCUUAGUGGUCAGGUAUACAACCUUCGCUCUGAUUCAUGGAAAGUGGUUAAUGUUAGUGUCCUUGCAAGAUACAUAGCUAAAUCCAUGUUUAAUUCUUAUCUGAAUGGAGCUUAUCAUUGGUUAGCCGAGUCUGGUGAAGUUGAAUUUGUGCUAUGUUUUGACAUGAGUGAUGAUGUGUUUUGGAAAAUGAACCUACCCCAAGUUACACCUGAGGAGAAGAAGAAAUUCUACAUUAGGCAUUCAAAUGUUGUUGUUUUGAAUGAACGUGUUGGAUAUGUUAGGGAGUACAUGCGUUCUGAAAUUCGUUUUGAGAUUUGGAUGAUGAAUGAAUAUGACGUGGAAGAGUCUUGGGUGAGAAUGUUUCACCUUUUGCGUGGACCUUGUCCUGAAAAUAUUGUGGAGUUUUGGAAAGAUGAUGGUGAUGUUGAAGUACUAGGAGGGGAAGAGUAUCAACCAUUGGUUUUGUACAAGAUUGGUGAACAACGGAUAAUGAAAGAGUUUUCUAUUCGCUUAGGAAUUGAGCAUCGUGCUUUUAGAUAUGUGGAGAGUGUUGUUCGCUUAUCUGACUUGGUUAAUGAGGAAGCUUGAAGUUCUGUUUGGACCAAUUCAUGAUGACAUUAAUUUGAUGAUUUUUUUUCAUGAUUUAUGUUGUUAAUUGCGUUUUUUUAUAAGUUGUAGUUAAUCAUGUACCAUGAAGAUA